AUGCCGGCGCGCGCUGCCGAAUCCCCAAGCUUUGGCCUCGCCCUCCACUCUCCCCAAACGCUCACCACAGUCCCGCUCACCGCCGUCACUGUUCCCCACUGCUCAGCCACCAUGACUAUGACCGUCACCCGCCCCGUCGUCUCUUCGCCCCUUGCAGACUCUACUCAGGGCAACAUCCCCGCCGUCAAGCGCGUCGUAGCCAAGCGUAACCCCUCCUUCGCGCCCUCGCGCGCUCUCAGGCCGUUCCCGGGCAUCGCCCACCUAGGCCUCCACCCAACAAAAGCCAAUGCGCCCGGAGGUCAGAGGUCGGUCAAGCUCAUCGAGCCCCCAAAGAACUUCAAGGCUACCUUCGUCCUCGACCUCACCCAAGCCGAGUUCAGUCGGCAGUAG